GCUUGAUUGAAUGAUAGAGUCUUAGAGAGACUAGGCAUAUAAGACAUGUCUUAGUCUUAACCAGAUAAGCUCACCUAUCUCUCUUCCAUGAGAAGGCAACAGAGUUGUUUCCGAUUGAGAAGUCGAGAUGAAGCUCUCCUCUUUCUUAGCUGUUGUUAGCCUCCUCUUUGUGUCCUCCACGGAUGCUGUUCUUAGCAAAGCCCAUGUCAGGUCCACCAAUGCCACUCAAGAUCUGAUAAGAUGGGAUGAACACUCACUCUUUGUCCGAGGGGAACGUAUUGUCAUCUUGUCCGGCGAGUUCCACCCAUGGCGUAUCCCUUCGCCAGGCCUCUGGUUAGACGUACUCCAGAAGAUCAAGGCGCUAGGUUACAAUGCAGUCUCAUUCUACGUCAACUGGGCCUUGCUUGAGGGCAAACCGGGUGAGGUUCGUAUGGAAAAUGCGUUUGAUCUACAACCUUUCAUCGACGCCGCAGUCGAAGCUGGACUCUAUCUCAUCGCACGACCUGGUCCCUACAUCAACUCUGAGCUCUCUGGGGGCGGAUUUCCCGGCUGGCUACAGCGCAACAAGGGCGAACUGAGAUCAAUGGCCCCAGACUACACCAACGCCACCGAGAACUACAUUUCGAGCGUCCUUCGCGUCAUUUCGGCGGCUCAGAUCACCAACGGCGGGCCCAUCAUCCUCGUUCAGCCAGAGAAUGAGUAUAGUCUAGCGGUUGGAACUGCCAAUCUGGUCGAGUCAACUAAGCUCUUGGAUCCGAACUACAUGGUGUUCAUGGAAGACCAAUUUAGACGAAAUAGUAUCGUAGUCCCACUGAUUGGCAAUGACGCCGUGCCUCUGGGUAAUUGGGCACCUGGAUCUGGGAAAGGGGAGUUAGACAUCUACGCGCAUGAUGCGUACCCUUUCUACAAAGGAUGCGAUCACCCUACGGACUGGACGGAUCUCACUGCUCUGAGCUUGACAUACACAUACCAAAAUCAUCUGCAACAAAGUCCAAGCAGUCCUUAUGCCGUAUUGGAGUACCAAGGAGGUGCUCCUGAUCCAUGGGGAGGCGUUGGUCUGGACAAGUGUGCAGCAAAGAUCAAUCAGGACUUCACCCGCGUUUUUGUGAAAGAGCUUGUGUCUCGCUCAAUCAAGAUACUCAACAUCUACAUGACAUUUGGUGGGACAAAUUGGGGAAACAUGGGUCACUCAGAGGGCUACACAUCCUACGAUCACGGUGCUUCCAUCAGAGAGAACCGCGGUAUUGAUCGAGAGAAGUACAGCGAGGCCAAGAUCCAAGCACACUUCCUUCAUUCUUCCGAGGCCUAUCUCACGGCAAUCCCUCAAAACGCCACGUCUACCGAGUUUGUCAGUACGCCAGACCUGCGAGUCGUUCCCAUUGUAGGAGAAAAGACUCGUUUCUACGUGUUGCGUCAUACCGAUUACACCUCACUCAACCGCACAGCCUACAAGCUUAAUGUGCCAACCUCUGCCGGCAACAUCUCCAUCCCCUUGCUGGGCGGUGAGCUAUCUCUCCAUGGGCGCGACUCCAAGAUCCAUGUCACGGAUCAUGAUAUCGGCGGUAUCAACUUGAUCUACUCGACAGCGGAUAUCUUCACCUGGAAAAAGUACGGAAGUAAAGUAUUGCUCAUCUUGUACGGGGGCGCCGGCGAAGAGCAUGAGUUUGCCGUGCCAUCCUCAUUGGAGAAGCCACGUUUUGAAGGCAGCAACGCAACGACGCGCAAUUACGGCAGCUUCAGAGCCGUUCACUGGAAAGUCCAAGAAAGGAAGCAGGUUGUACGUUUCAACAACUUCGAGGUCCAUCUUCUAUGGCGGAACGAUGCUUACCGACACUGGAUACUUGACCUUCCGAACGCUGAGAAUGGGAUGAUUAGACCUACUCAAGGCAAGUCGUCAAUCAUUGCAAAGGGGCCCUAUCUUUUACGGAAUGCGACUUUUGCGGAUGGUGUCCUUCACUUGACGGGAGACAUCAACGCUACUACAACUCUCGAAGUUCUGGGAGGGGUUCCUUUGGAUAGCACGCUUACCUUCAACAAUGUCCCCCUUUCAAAUGUUCAAAGGAAGAAUGGCAGGCUCCAAGCUGAGGUCGUGUUCGAGAGCCCGACUUUCAACCUGCCGGUCUUGUCUGAACUUGAAUGGCAUUCAAUCGAUUCGCUCCCGGAGGUAUCUAACAGCUACGACGAUUCUGCCUGGCCCAAAGCAACUCUGGAGCGCAGCAACAAUCCUCGAAGGCUGACAACACCAACAUCACUCUACUGUAGUGACUAUGGCUUCCAUGGCGGUUCGCUUAUCUACCGAGGUCACUUCACCGCAUCCGGCAACGAAUCAUUCUUCAAUGUGACAACAGCUGGCGGAUUUGCCUACAGUCACUCUGUCUGGGUCAACGAGACCUUCCUCGGGUCCUUUGCUGGAGAUUCUCAUACUGCCAACUCAACGCAAGUAUUCAAUCUGACAAGUCUGAAACUCGUAGGCCCUUCUGUGUUCACUGUUGUCAUCGACCACAUGGGCAUGAGCAUGAACUUCUGGGCGCGGUCCGACUGGAUGAAGCUCCCGCGCGGCAUUGUUGACUUUUCUCUCGGUGGUCAUAAACAGUCCGACGUAACAUGGAAGCUAACCGGCAACUUGGGGGCCGAAGACUAUAUUGACAAGACGCGUGGUCCGUUGAAUGAGGGUGCGUUCUAUGCGGAACGUCAAGGCUAUCAUCUUCCAGGAGCGCCCACGUCUGACUGGGCUUCGGUAACACCGUUCGAGGGUACCAAGAACUCUGGGGUCGCUUUCUACAAGACAGAGUUCCCCUUGGAUAUGCCGAUCGGCUACGACAUCCCCUUGAGCUUUGUCAUCUCGAAUGUGACGGCUUCAACUGGGGAGGCAAGCCUCUUCCGCGCGCAGCUUUUUGUCAACGGAUAUCAAUUUGGUAAAUACGUCAACUACCUCGGCCCGCAAACGCACUUCCCGGUACCCGAGGGCAUCCUCAACUACAACGGCAAUAAUACCGUCGCGCUCACUCUCUGGGCUUUGGAUAGGUCAGGUGCACGCGUCGGAGGAUUUGAGUUGGCAGCGGAUCACAUCGUUCAGUCAGGCUACCGAAAGCCUGGGCAGACGGCUCAACCGUCAUGGGUAGAGAGGAUCGGGGCUUACUAA